AAUUGUAAUCUUUCAGAAAAGCAGAUAUAUUUUAAUUUUCUCUAAUAAUUUUUCUUUUCGAAUGGUUAGGCCGAAGAAUGCAAUUUCACCAACAAAGGAAGGAGAAAUUAAAGAAAAAGUUGAAGCCAUUAAAAAACAAUUUGCUAAGGAUAUUAUAGAACUCGAAAUGGCAAAACGCGAAUAUUCUACAGCAUUCGUGACUGCUAUGAAAGCUGAAUUUUCAAAAAUCAUUCCAAAGGAAAUUUUGGACAUGAAACUGGUUGACUAUAUUAAAAUGAUGGAAGAAGAACACAAUGUUGAUGAGACUUAUGUAAUCGAGGGAGGGCCAUCAUCUAGUUCCGAAACCUUUAAACAUCCUGGAAAAUACAAAUCUAUAAACGUUGCUGGAGGAAUGCACAUGAAAGUACCUCCCUGUAUAACUCCGAGAGUUCAAGGGUUUGGACAGCCGCGAGCUUCUAAAUUUGGUGAACUUUUGUUUUCUGUCAGAGGAACUCCGGUAUUGACUACAGGGACUUCUAUGAGUAUGUUGGAAGCAAAGAAGCGAGAGGCUGUUGUUCAGAGCUUGUUACAACAAGAAGAUUCUAUGCUUACACCGGAGACUCGAAAAGUUAUUGGAAAACUCAAAGAACUUGUUAAUAAGCGGGAGGAGCAACUUCCACGUCCAACUCAAUUACAUCGCAAGAAAAUUUUGGCAAAAGAAAAUGAGAAGGAAAAUGAAGAAUAAUUUAAGAAUGUGUUUUGAAUUUAUUUU